UUCCUUCCUCCUCCUCCUCUUGAGUGAAUUUGCAUGGUUUGCUGGGUAUCGUCGUAACAUUACCGUAUAGCGCCAGGGAUCUGGCCAUUUUAGUCACUUUGCUGAUUGGUGGAACGUGAAGACUGUUGGAGACACGGAUUACAAAAGAUCUACUCAAAAAAUUGUUUAAAGUUCCUCAACAGUGAAAAAUCUCAUUCAAAAUCCAUAGCAGAGUAAUGAAUUUGUUAAGCUUUUAUUAUGCAGAUUUUGUUUUGAUCAGGUUUUGGUAAAAGGUACAGUGAUUGCUGAACUUCAUGGAGCUUUAGAAUUUUCCUUAAACAAGCUUUAUGUUUUAAUUCCUAACAAACUCGCUACGUGGGCUUCGAGGGAGCUCGACAAACCCAUCCAAGCGAAGAGGAAAUGUCUUCCACCUGAAAAGUUGGAAGAAAACACGUCUUGGCAAUUUGGUUCUUUUCGACUUCCGAUCAACUUUACGUGUUGGCUUCUCGCUGCUCACUUGCCUAAAGUUGCCAAAGUACCACGACACGAUCAACUGAAUAGUGUAAUAAAUCUUUUGGCAUGGGCAACUUCAAAGCGAAAUCUGUGGACCAUAACGGUGGUUACAAUCUCAAGAAUAAUCACAAGCCUGAACACGAGCGACUACGCAAAGUUGUGGCAUUUUUCGGGCUGGGAAUUAUUCUUUACGCCUUUUUUUCCUUGGUCAUAGUAGCUGCUCAAGAUAUUUUAGCGGAAACGUAUCUUCCAACUUCUGUUGUUCUAAUUGCAAACGUUGCACCAGCUUUUCUUGUUUCUUUAAUUACACCGUACUUACGACGCAUUCCAUAUGUUGUUCGCAUCUUCCUCGUCUUCUUCCUUAGUGAAACCGGUGUUAUCGUUCUUGCAUUAGCAGGGCAAGUUCACUGGAAGUUAAUCGGAGUGGGUAUGGUUUCAGUUGGAUUGGGCCUUGGUGAACCAACAAUUCUGUCUUUAACCUCGUUUCAUGGCGAGCUGACAUUGACUGCGUUUUCAGCAGGAACUGGAGUAGGAUUUGCAAUUGCACCCUUGUAUUACACAGCCUUGACCACAUGGGCCUGCGUUUCACCAAAGGUCACCACUCUUAUCUCAGCCGCCAUGAUGUUCCUGAUAUUGGUCUGUUAUUAUUUCAUCCAUAAGUCAGAGGAAAAACGUAACUGUUCUCCAUCGGAUGAUCAUAUUGGAGUGCCGUACUCAGCUCUUGAGACCAAUGAAAAUUUGUGCGUCACGUCAGACAAAGACGAUGAAGAAAAUGGUGAAGAAGCCUCUCUUUCUUGGGGGGAGAAAAUCAUGGUCAUUCGCGAGCUGGUGCCUCAUAUGUUAACACUAUUUAUUACAAUUUUCUCCGAGUAUCUGAUCAUUCAAGCCGUCAUUACAACCCUGGCAUUUCCCAGCUCUCCUUUCAAACCACGUGACCACUAUGAGUAUUACAUUCUUGUAUUCACCGUGGGUGAGGUGGUGGGGAGGUCAUAUCUUGCAGUGCUGUCCUGCAUUAAAGAAGACUGGGGAGAAAAAGUUAAAUUUCCUUACCUUUGGGUUCUGUGUCUGGUUCAAGUCAUGGAUCUUGCGUUUUUGGCGUUGGCGGCCUGGUACCGUUUUUUACCCAGUGUAUGGAUCGUUUUGCCCCUUGUGUUUGUCUCCGGAGCGGCUGUUGGUACUUUUUACGUCAACGUAGUGAUGAUUUUUAGAAACAGUAUCCAACAAAGGUUUAAGGAGUUUGCCAUGGGACACAUCGAACUACCUUUAGCGGGAGGAGUUUUAACAGCCGCCAUGUUAGGCCUGUACAUUGAGCCCCUGUUGCGUGAACACUGCAUGAUCCUCGUGGAUAACAAAGACUUCUGCUUUACAAGAACACGAUCCUUUGAUCGAUUUUCUUCAUCUUGUUUUGUGAAACACGACUGACAUCUCUUCAAGCUUCUGAACUGAGUAAGGUUCUUGGUACUCUUGUGUAGUUUAAGUAUGACAUCAAUGAAUUCCUGUUGAUAUGCGAGGCAGUGUUUCAUAACAAAAGAAGUUUUUGUGAUCUAAGACUCUUGGUGCCUUCUGCAUAACGAGGUUGCUUCUGCUAAUUUCCCCUUGUGUCCCAACAAUAAUUUUGCGCGGUCACUUUUUUAUAGAACAAAAAAUAAAUUGUAACCUCAAGUAGACCGGUAACUGGCCUAGCGGUUUUGCCUGCGCUUUGAAGUCAGCCGCGACGAGUCAGGGGCUGAAAGAUGGAAUCGAUGGAUGCUCUUCACUUGUUUGGUACCGUGAUCUGCUUUUGUUUUGGACUCGUGAGAAAUAAAUUGGAACGGCCUUUUCAACCUAGAAGGAAUACUCUUCCCGUUUUUACCAAAACUCCUGGAAUAUCACAGCACCAUUUUAUUUUUCCCUCUCGCGGCAUGUGAUGAGUAGUUCGCGGGCUCAGUGCGCGAGAGAUAAGAGUAACCGAAACUUUUACGAACACACUCAAACAAAAUGAGGAGUUAACGCUGAGUCAGCUAUUUUAGAGACCAAAUAUUAGAGAAAAUUAAUCUCACGGACUCAAAACUUAAAUAUACACUUGUUUCACAAAUGGACACAAUAAAAUAAUUUAGGAAUGCAUUCCUGGUGAGUUUGGAAAAUAUGACAAUUUCCCUCAAGGCUAAAAUUUCUGAGGAAUGUUACACGAAAAUCUUCGACAACUAGCCGCAACAAGAAUGUAUCAUCAUCAGGUUGAAGAAACAGCUUUAAGACAACGAGAUUCUUAA